GCAUGCGGACAAGCGUGGGCAGUAAUCGGCAUGUGGCCGAUAACUUGGGCAAACGAACGUUCGAGGGAAAUCGACCACGACUUGACAAGUGUGGGCAAUUUGACACGACCAGUUGGCAAGUCAAGCAAGGCAGCCCGAUGAGCGGGCGUGCUAAUGACCGUGUGGGCAAAGAACUGGCAAGUAAUCGGUAAAGGCAAGCAAACGUGCGGAAAAGACAAGGCAGAUGGGCUGCCUAGCAACCGGCCGGGCUGUUUGGGCCGUUUGGCGCGCGCCCGCGGGCCCGAUCAAGGUGGGCUUCGAAAAUCAGCCUUGUGGGCGGAUUUGAGUGAAGUUAUGGAGCGGUUGAGGCCUGGAAAGCACGAAAAACUGCUCCUUAUUACUUGUAUUAGUUGGCCAAGUGUCAUGUAUAAGUGCUGCCAUGUGUCCCUAGGUAGUUUUAUGUGAAAACUACCUUUUCCUUGUAUUUAUUUGGCUAUGAGUGCACAAAUCCGACCCAUUUUGUGGAGGACAGAUUCACGUCCGUUGCCGAGGAGAUGGGACUCCUCAUUGAUGCCGUUGAGACGAAGCUUGAUGGGAUGCUUACUGAUUUGACGGUGCUUAAGAGGGCUGUUCGAAAUGAGGGAUCAAGUUCUGAGGGCAGAUCAUCGGGAUCCAAAGUUCGUGUGCCGGAACCGACUGCGUUUGAUGGUGUGCGCAGCGCCAAAGAAGUCAAAAACUUCGUGUGGGAUAUGGAGAAUUACUUCGAGGCAGCCAAGGUUCCGGAUCACGAGAAAGUGACCAUUACAAGUAUGUAUCUUGUGGGGGAUGCAAAGUUGUGGUGGCGUGCUCGUUUGUCAGACGAUGCAAGUGCCAACCGAGUGAAGAUCGAGACUUGGGAGGUGCUGAAACGGGAGUUGAAAGAGCAAUUCCUACCUUGCAACUUGGGCUGGAUUGCAAGGGAAUCCCUUAGGCAAUUGAAGCACAAGGGAACCGUGUGGGAGUAUGUCAAGGACUUCAGUUCUCUGCUCCUUGACAUACGUGAUAUGUCCGAUAAAGAUAAGUUAUUCAACUUCAUGGCUGGAUUGCAGCCAUGGGCCCAAACCGAGUUGCGGAGACAAGGUGUGAAUGAACUGCCAAGUGCCAUCUCGGCAGCGGAUCGACUUGUCGAUUACAAGGUGAUGGGGGCCGAUGAUUCCGAUAAGGAAGGCUCGAAGAAGGAUAAGUCCAAGGAAAAGAAGUUCGGUGGCAAGGGUGGCCGUAAUUGGAAGCAAAAAGAGAGCGGUGAUGGCGAGGGAUCCCCGGCGCAUGCCAAGACCGGUGGACAGCCCGUCGUCAACAAACAAAACCGUGGCUGCUUUCUAUGUGAUAACAACCACCGAAUGAGGGACUGUCCGAAGAGGAGCAAGUUGAAUGCUUUGAUGAGGGAGUCGGAUAGUGAGGAAGAUUCGGACGAGACGAGGCGUGCGAAUCCGAUUCAAUUGUUGAGUGCUUUGGUCGUGGACAAGGCACCCAACGGCACCAAGGGUUUGAUGUAUGCCACAGUGCUGAUCAAUGGCAAAGAAGUGAAGGCGAUGGUUGAUUCGGGAGCAACACACAACUUCGUUGCCGAGAGAGAAGUCAAGAAGCUGGGCUUGACUCUCUGAAAACAUGCAAGUCAAGUGAAGGCUGUAAAUUCAGAGGCGGAGCCGGUGAGAGGCAGAACCGAUGUCGAUCUAGUGAUCGGUUCUUGGAAAGGGCAGUGCGGAUUGACUGCCGUACCACUGGAUGAUUUCGAUGUGAUAUUGGGGCAAGAGUUCCUAC